AUGUUGUCAGAAGCAGCAUUCCGGUAUCUUCUUGCUAAUUAUAAAUGCAAAGCACUCCAAAUUUCACCUAUUACUCUAGUUACAUCAGUUUUGGAUAAAAUUCUUUAUCCGGUAGUGAUUUCCUUUUUGAACAAUAAUCAACAACAUUGUUACGAAAAAAUUGUACACAGAAAAAAAAAUAAAUUUGAAUCAAGAGAAAAAUUCUUAAACCAAAUUUGUAAUAAAAAAUUGUCAAAUCAAAAGAUAAGCUACCAUUUGUCGAUAAAAAAGGAGCACGCUCUUAUUCAAACCACGAGAAUUGAGGACUACUUUCUUGUGGCGUAUUUUGUAACUAAAACCGCGUUGCACAUUAUUGGGUGGAGAAGGGAUGAAAGUCGAAAACACCCGAGCUACACUCUCUGGUUGCGACAACUAUAUAUGUCUAUCAUUAUAUUCGACAUUGCUGGAAAAAUUGAUCAUAAGUAUCAUGAUGGUUCCGAGGUAAUGUCUGACUUAUAUCCUGAAAAUAGAAGACUAGAUCCAGAUUAUGCUGAAAGAAUAUUAGAUAUGAUGGAUGUAAAGGCAAAUAAAAAAUUUCUUCAAGCAAAAAUAAAAUCUGAUACAGAAAAAACGGUGUUUAUUAAAGAUUUACAUAAUUUAAGCAAAAAAAGAAAAAAAGUAACCCAAGAGAAUUGCUUAACGAUGGCAGCUGAUUAUUUGAAAGAUAAAGGAGCUACGGUACAUAUUUUGAAGAAAAAUUUGGAAUUUAUGGGACUGAGUUUUUACACACCAGAUAUGAUAAAAGCUAUGGCUGCCUACCCUGAAAUAAUUUUUAUGGACGGAACCUAUAAAUUAAUAGAUACUGAUUUAACUGUUAUGAUAAUAAUAGGUAUGGAUUCAGAUGAAAAAAGCCGAAUUAUCAGUGUUGGACUCCUGGUAAAUGAGCAGUACGAGACGGUCAAGUGGUAUUUAUCAACAUUUAUCGAAGAAAAUCAACAAGUGAUUCAAAAAGUAAAUUGUGUGAUGACAGACAAAGAUUCAGUCGAACGAAAAGUUAUUGCGGAACUUUUACCCCAUGUUAAAAAUUACUUAUGUUUAUUUCACACACUUCAAACAUUUAAUAGAGAAAUCACUUGCAGCAAAAGAAAUAUAACAGGUGCUGAAAAAGAGAUAGCAAUUCGUUACGUUCAACAACUAGCCUACAGUAAUUCUGAAACUCAAUAUAAUGAAAUUUACAAUGAAUUCAAGAAUAAGGUUCCAAAAUCAGUUGUAGACUAUUUUAAUACAAAUUGGCACAAUAUAAGAGACCAAUGGACUUGUUAUAGCAUGAUCGAGGACACAAUUAAUAAUACGACAAAUAAUAGACUCGAAUCCCUAAAUGGCAAGGGGUCUAAAGAAACUGAUACGAAUAAAACAAUGUUUAAUAAUUUUUUUAAAUGCUCAACAGACGAAGAUCUUGACGAAUAUAUGAGAGAUUAUAGAAACUAUCUUACUGAAGCUGGCUUUAAACAUUUAAGGCAAGAAAUUGGAGGAUCGCCACAAGUCAAUUUAGUAAAUAUUGAUUUAGAGAAUAAAGAAUCUUACAUUCACUCCAAAGCCGAAAUUAUAAUGAUAACAGUUAAUACUUGCCAGUGUAAAUUUCAUAGAUCGCUCAAACUUCCUUGCAAACACAUCCUUGCACUUCGUGAAAAAUGUAAUUUAUCUUUAUUUUCGGAAUCAUUAUGCAACGAUCGAUGGACUAAAACCUAUUAUAAACAAAAAAUGUUACCUACUAAUCAAACAUCCGACAUUUGUGAUUGUAAUGAUAAGAGAACGAAAAUAACAAAUAUAGAAAAUACAGCAGCUUCAAAUCAAAAGCAUACAGAAAAUCAAAAUAAUUUACGUGAAUUGGACGAAAUAAAGAUACCAAAAAAAACGAAAGGACGUGGUCGAGCGAAAGGUAAAAGUACAAGUGUCAUUGGAUUACCUAAACAAAGUACUGCAAAGGAUAAUUCAAAAAAUGUCUAUAAAAUUGCAUCCUCAAAACCCACCAUAAUUUCUAAUGAAUUAUUCACAUCAAAUCUUAAGAUAAAACAAAAUCAAUUAAACAAUGACAGUCCAUCAACGUUGAACAAUGAGAUAGACAAUAUCCAAGAAAAUAUAUUACACGAGGUAGGCCUAAAGGAAUGGAUCAAACAGUUUUUGGACGAUACAAAGAAAUAA